AUUUUGAUGGAACCUACUGGCAGAAAUCCCGACAGAAGACUAGAUGAAGGCAUCAAAUGGUACAAACAGCCUGAAGAAGGACCUACUCCAAAACAAGACUCUCAGUUCGAUGAACUCAACCUGAUCGACACCGAUAAGGAAGACGGGAUGGGUUCUCCAAUUAAUAAAAGGCACGAAGGUGAUGACAUGAACCUCAUAAAAGCUUACAUCGGCAAUCUCCUCUACGAGAAGUGGUUUCUUGAGAACUUUACGAUGAAUACAGAUCAGCUGGACUACAUUCCUCCUGACAAACUAAAGAAUAUUGUAAAGAAGAAUAAGCCUAUUGAUUACGAGACUAACACUGUAUUUGAGUCUGAAUAUAUUAACGAUGAAAUGGAAUACAACCGUGGGCUUUCCAUUUCUUCAGACCCAACAGGAAGUCUAUCGAAAUAGAAGAAUCGCCUUGGUGCAUGAUAGAAUGGCCGAUUAUCGUUCAGUAAAUCCGAGGGAAAGGGAAUUAAUGAGUAUGAAAAGACAUUUUGCCAGUGCAUAUCUACCAGAUGUUGAGAACCCAAUUAAAAGAAUGGAAAAUAGGAUGAGAUGUUUCCCAAAAUCUAUAGUUGAUGUGCCAAGGCAGGUUUAUAAGCCUGUAAGUAAGAUAAAUAGAAGUGAUGCUACUUCUAAAUAUGAGAUCCAUUCUGAUGUUGAGGAAAGCUCUGACCAAGAUCUUCGUCAUGAAAAUAGUCAAGAGCCUGUGACUCUUAAUGCCAUAUUGAACCCGAUAAAGAAGAUAGAGAAGAGUAAAACUAUUGAUAGUGAGGCAUACAAGAACUCAAUUUUUCAUCCGGAUUACAGGUUCAAAUUCAUACAUGAAAGAGAAGAUCGGAAGAAAGAGAAGGAAGUGAAUGACCUUUAUUCUGCUCUACUCAAGCGAUAUGCUGAUACCACUGGUGAGGAGUGGACUGAUCUCAUCUUGAAAGUAAACUCACAGAAAAAGAAGAAGACCAAGAGGACUCAUAAGUCCAAGUCUCGUAAAUCAAGUGAUAAUGAGGUUAUCAACUUAUCAAAUGUGGAUAAUUCAUUCAUCUCAAAGAAUACCAAGGGAGCUAAACGUAGAGGUCAGAUCUUCAAGCACUCUGAAAAGAGCUCUCUAAAGGAGAAAUGGGAUGAUGUAGACUGGCAACAGAAUGAAAGACCAAAGGAAGGCAGCGAGAGCGGACAUACUCAGAGUGAAUUUAAUAACUCACAUGCUGAAAGACACUCUUCUAUCAGAGAUAGCAUUGAUAAGAGGAAGACUAUAAGCGAACAACAAGAUAACGAAUCAGUUAAAGCCCUACUUAACGGAUAUGAAGAUCAAUCCCUAGACAUCAAUGCUUACUUUAAGAGGAAUUAUGGGGAUACAAAUGAGGUUUACACUGGAAGUCUAGAACAGCUGAAUGUCAAUAAUGCUCUACGCAAAAACACAAAGGACUAUUCAUAAUUUUGCUCAUUUAUUAGUCUUUGCAGAUCACAAAGUCAUAAAAUUGAGAUUAUUCUCAUUAAAAACU